AUGGCAUCUGCCACAGAGGAUAUCGGUCUCAUACAAAGCGACUACGUUAUAAAUCAGAUCAACGACUCAGCAGAUCAAAGUAAUGAACCUGAAACUGCUUUCGGAGAAAGGCCAACAGCGGAUCAUCCGUCAACGAUUCGACGCGUCCCAUUGAUGGGGAAACCUAUUUCCUCGACCGAACUCAGAAGCAGAGUCAACACGCUGGACACCACUGUCUACUCACCGAUGAUCAUUGACGGCAAACUUUACUUUGUAGACCAGAAUGAUGACGUUCGCACAGCUAGAUCCUCGAAUAGCAUGGAAUCGACGAAAACGGCCCAGUCCAUAAACUACAUCAAUGAUGACGAUAUCUCAUUCACCUUAAGCGAAUUAAAGACGCUGCUCCCACGAAGCACGAUUUCAGAUUUGAUGAAAUACUAUGAGGAGCACAUGAAAGUGAAAAGGAUCUCAUCCGAGGAACAAGCUAUAAUAAAAUUGGAAAACGCCUUACAAGUGCUUGUACCAGUCGAUUUGGAAACUACUGAUGAUCCAGUCCUUCAGCAGCUUUGCAAACAAAAAACUCUUACGAGCGAGUUUAAGCCCAUUCCGGCCACAAACGUCAUGGCUCAUUCAUAUACAUCUGAUUCUGAGAAUCUGAGUUCAAGCAUCACAGGUGAUGUGUCAAGUGUGUCAACUCCAUUCUCAUCGUUAUCCUCAUAUAUUAGAGGCAACGGUGAGACGAUGAUGACCAUGGAAACGGCAGUAGAGCCUGGUGCCAGUCAGCAUGAAGGUGUGACAACAGCAAGGCCACACUCUCUCGUUACGGCGGCACUGCCAUCCGAUUCUACUCACACUGCAACCAGCAGUACCGAACUUUUUAACUUCAUCACUGCUCGUAGUCCCAACGAAACAACGUAA